AUGGCUUCCAUCGCCCGUGCCCUGCGGCCCUUGUCCCGCACCGCUCCCUCCUUCCGACUUGCUGCAAGACAGCCAUUGCCCUACCGUCUGGUACAAGGCACCCAUGCAUUCUCCACCACAUCCCGCCGGCAGGAGAUCGAUCUGUCCAGCUUGACCCCAACUCCAAUAACCCAUCUUUCCGAGACCGAGUCACUGAUGGCCGAGUCCGUCUCCAAGUUCGCUCAGGAACAGAUCGGCCCCAAGGUACGCGACAUGGACGAGGCCGAAGUCAUGGAUCCUGCUCUGGUCGAGCAGCUGUUCGAGCAGGGCCUGAUGGGCAUCGAAAUCCCCGAGGAGUACGGCGGUGCGGGCAUGAACUUUACUGCCGCCAUCGUGGCGAUCGAGGAGCUGGCCCGUGUCGAUCCCAGCGUCAGUGUCCUCGUCGACGUGCACAACACCCUCGUCAACACCGCCUUCAACAACUGGGCCGAUGCUCAGCUCAAGAAGACAUGGCUGCCCAAGCUCGCGACCGACACUGUCGGCUCCUUCUGUCUCUCUGAGCCUGCGUCCGGGUCCGAUGCCUUCGCUCUGCAGACCAAGGCGGAGAAGACUGCGGAUGGCUACAAGCUGAAUGGAUCCAAGAUGUGGAUCACGAACUCCAUGGAGGCCGGUGUAUUUAUCGUCUUUGCCAAUCUUGACCCUAGCAAGGGCUACAAGGGCAUUACUGCCUUCGUUGUGGAGAAGGGUACUCCCGGUUUCUCCAUUGCGAAGAAGGAGAAGAAGCUUGGUAUCCGGGCCAGCAGCACCUGUGUGCUCAACUUCGACGAUGUCGUUAUUCCCAAGGGCAACCUCCUUGGUGAGGAAGGCCAGGGCUACAAGUAUGCUAUUGGCCUGCUCAACGAGGGCCGUAUCGGUAUCGCUGCCCAGAUGACUGGUCUGGCUCUGGGUGCGUGGGAGAACGCCGCCAGCUACGUCUGGAAUGACCGUCGCCAAUUCGGCCAGCUCAUUGGAACAUUCCAGGGAAUGCAGCACCAGCUGGCCCAGGCUUACGUCGAGAUCGCCGCUGCGCGGGCUCUCCUCUACAACGCCGCUCGUAAGAAGGAGGCAGGACAGGACUUUGUUCAGGACGCCGCCAUGGCGAAGCUGUACGCCUCGCAGGUUGCGGGCCGUGUUGCCGGCUCCGCCGUUGAAUGGAUGGGCGGCAUGGGCUUCGUCCGUGAGGGUAUCGCGGAGAAGAUGUUCCGUGACAGCAAGAUCGGUGCCAUCUACGAAGGCACAAGUAACAUUCAACUGCAGACGAUUGCUAAGCUGCUGCAGAAGCAGUACACUAAAUAA